UUGGUUAGCGUAGCGAACAGAAUGUUGAUUCUUAAAUUAACUCUAACCUUUCUACUUCUACUAGUAGAGUCAGCAAUUACAUCCCCAAAUCAUAAUGUCAGAAUACUUGAUGGACAAAAAGCUGAACCUGGACAAUUUCCGUUUCUUACUGGACUUUUCGUCAACAUAGAAUCGACCGAAAAAGCAAAUUCACGACCUUCGCUUCCAUAUGUUUGGUGCAGUGCUGCCAUUCUUGACAAGUACUGGGCUGUAAUUCCAGCUCACUGUAUAGCUGACUUCGAGCCCGAAAACUACUGCUUGCUAGCCGGUACUAACGUCGUCGACAAUGGCGGUGUCAACUACACCGUAUCUUCUGCGGUUUUCCAUCCAAACUACACCAAUACCGGCUUGGUUUAUCUUAACGACGUCGCCUUACUCAAUGUAGAGGAGGGUUUCGCUUUGAGCGAACUUGUCAAGACUGUCGAGAUUGGUGAAGUUGAGCCUAACGAACAGUGUACUAUUAUGGGUUGGGGACAGCUGGACGAGUACUACUUCGCCAACGAACUUUACUACACCCAACUUGAUACAAUAACUGAUGAUGAUUGUAGAGAUUUGGCAGAUACAGUACCGUACCCGAUUCAUUUGGGGGGUGAUGAAAUUUGUACUUUUUCAGCUGAUGGUGUGAGUGUGCCUUGCAAUGCCGAUGCGGGGCCUCUGCUUUGUGGAGAUAAGGUUGCGGCUAUGUUGUCUUAUGCAAUUUUUGGGUGUGAUGCUACGCUACCGAUUGUGUAUACAAGACUUGCUUAUCAUGAAGAGUGGAUCAAUAGUGUUAUUAAUUCUUAAGACACCUUUAGUAUUUCUUCUAAUAGAUAAAUGAUAAGAGUUUUCUUUCAAAGAGUCUGUAUGAAAUAUGUACUAGUAAUGUGUAUAUAGGCACUUUAAUACAUAAUACAUCUGCCUGUCAA